AAAUGCCGCUUGGCCAGGCAAUUGUCCCAGACUAGGUCAUCCAGAACCAUCACAACUGUACUGGAGUGCGUAGCGCUAAUAUCUGGUUUGUGUGUUUCAAUCUUCUAGCACAUGACGAGCACUGCUGUCUUCCUAACGAACGUGUAGAAAUACAGAAGUACUGUUUCAGUGCUACGGAUGCAGUUUCAGCGUAUACAUGCACUUCCCUCACAAAUGCGGUUGCUAGUGUUAUCUUACCGCCCGAGUAUCGUCCAUGGUUCUGGGUUGAGCGUCCGUCAUACCUUUCAGCGAUCACAACAUACUGCUCCAUCCCGUCUACAGUCGUUCAAAAGCCCCAACAAACCACCCACCCGGUUAUGGCGCAAUCUUACAUGGCUUAUUCCCGUGACUGGCGGUGUCGCACUUUACCUUUAUCCUAACCAACAGCUCCACCUACCUUCCAUCUUUUCCUCGCCGACCCUUAUUCCGUGUACGGAACACGACUUAAACGUACAAGCAAAAGAUCCUAUAAUAGGGUCGCCUGCGGAGCCCCAUAUGUCUAUUUCCUCGCGGAUAUUAUCACUGUUGCAGGAACACUUGUGGGAACCUCUGUUGACGGCACGAAGAUUCAUUCACCUGUUCUAUCUGUUCAUACCUGUCAUCGUUACCAUGCCUAUGCUUCUUGUUGGGAAGCCUGAACGUAGAUAUAAGGGUGACAAGUGGGGAGCCAUUUGGUGGUACGAAUUUCUUGUCAGGAGAAUGCAGACCGCCGGGCCAACGUUCAUCAAGCUUGGGCAAUGGGCGGCAUCGCGUGCUGACCUCUUCCCGUCAUUACUUUGCGAGAAAAUGGGGUCCUUGCACUCGCGUGGCAAGCCACAUUCAUUCAUGCACACUAGGCAGAUCAUCGAAAGGGCUUUUGAACGGUCAUUCGACGAGGUAUUCGAAGUUUUUGAUGAGAAUCCGAUAGGAGUCGGUGCCAUUGCACAAGUCUAUCGGGCAACUCUCAAGCAUGACCUUAUACCUCCCUCUUACCUUGGUCCAAAACGGCAAACUAAAUCACCCGCAGGGUCACUAGCCCCCGUUAUCCUGCAAGACCCUCCACCUUCAGUACCUACUGCAUCUGUCGCCAUCAAAGUCCUACAUCCUCGCGUCGCUAAGGAUAUCGCACAUGACCUAUCCAUAAUGACGUUCUUUGCGCGUAUCAUUACCAUUUUCCCUGGUAUGCAAUGGUUAUCACUUCCAGAGGAGGUCGGCAUCUUUGGUGAAAUGAUGCGUCGACAACUCGACCUCAGAAUUGAGGCAGAGAACCUGCUGACAUUUGAAAAUAACUUUGCUUCGAGAAAUGUGCCCGUCUCAUUUCCACGUCCUUUGAAGACAUUUUCGACUGCCGACUUACUUGUCGAGGAAUACGAAAAUGCUCUGCGUAUGGAGUACUUUUUGAAAAACGGAGGUGGGCCAUUUGAUGAUCAAUUGGCAACCGUCGGAUUGGAUGCUUUCUUGAAAAUGCUACUACUUGACAACUUCGUGCACUCUGAUCUUCAUCCAGGCAACAUCAUGAUCAAAUUUACAAAGCCUCCAACCACCCGUGAUCUCCUUAUGAGCAUGUACUCCUCAUUUUUUCCCCAAAAGGGUUCUGCCGAAAUUCUCGUCGAGGGCCCGCCGGAAUCUGAUCAAAUAGUAGCUCGACUACGCUCACUCAGACAUUCCCGUGAGGAGUGGCAAAAGGAACUCAGGAUUUCAUCGGAGCAGGGCUACAUUCCUGAAAUCGUCUUCAUCGAUGCUGGUCUCGUGACAACGCUUAACGCGACAAACCGCAAGAACUUCCUCGAUCUUUUCAGGGCUGUUGCUGAGUUUGAUGGCUACCGAGCCGGUCAAUUGAUGGUCGAACGUUGCCGGACUCCUGAACUUGCGACCGACACCGAGACGUUUGCGCUGAAGAUGCAACACAUCGUUCUGAGCAUCAAACGGAAAACGUUCUCACUUGGGCAGAUCAAAAUUUCGGACAUUUUGACCGAUGUUCUAACAGCUGUGCGGCAGCACCAUGUCAAGAUGGAGGCGGAUUUCAUCAACACGGUUAUCUCAAUAUUGCUUCUUGAAGGCAUUGGGAGACAGUUGGACCCGAGUCUAGAUCUGUUCAAGAGCGCAUUGCCAAUUUUGCGACAGCUCGGACGGCAGAUGACAACUCAAGAGUCGAUGACACAGUUACCCUCAGGAAACUUUGGAGCGUUGUUGAAGGUCUGGAUGUGGAUAGAAGCCCGUCAAAUGGCCUCAGCAGCAUUCGUUGAUGUUGACGAGUUGGUCAAAUAUGACUUGCUCGUCCCGACUGUAUAGUGCGGAGUCCUCAAAGAUAUCUUCACGGCGUCCUGUAACAUAAUAGGAGUAAUAGGAAUAUAGACACAACUAACGCAUGCAUGCAUACAUACAUACAUACAUACAUAGACUCUAGAGUACUUACAUCACCACUUCAAAUAUUGCGAUCGCCGAAGUAGUCCAACCAUCCCGUCUAAACAGACGUACUUAAAAUCUUUUCUUCACCCCGCAGUGCAGCCUUGCUGCAGAUGGACUUGCCAGACCCUCAACUUCUUUCCAGAGGAAAGGUCCGCGACAUCUAUGCAACUUCCUCGCCCGAUCAUCUAUUGUUUGUCGCAACCGAGCGGAUAUCGGUGUACGAUGUCAUCCUCAAUAGUGAUAUCCCAGGCAAGGGCAAACUCC